CAUCCCAUUUAAAGCAACGGGAUCGUGAACGCGCUCCGAUUGCGUCGCGUCGCCGUGAGGAGCGCGAGCCCGCGAGCAAAGGUCGAGUUUACGGCGCUGGUGCGCGGUUUAGCAGAGACCCGCUGGCACUCUUUAACUCGAGCUGUCUAACUAACUUAUCGUACUAGCUAUCACUGGGGCGAGGCUUUGACACCAUCUAUCGAAAAUGAGUCAGAAAUGAGUAUCUAGCGUCCAGUGUUCAGAUCGGCGUUCAGCACACAGACUGUUAAAGGUCCCGCGCGCGUCUCAGGUUUCUCUCUUCAGCGGCUCCCCUCACAAGACUCUCACAAUGCCGAAGCCUAUCAAUGUCCGUGUCACAACAAUGGACGCCGAGCUGGAAUUUGCAAUCCAGUCGGUUACAACAGGAAAACAACUUUUUGAACAGGUGGUUAAGACGGUGGGUUUGCGUGAGAUCUGGUACUUCGGUCUGCAGUUCACGGACAACAAAGGCUUUCUGACAUGGCUGAAACUAGACAAAAAGGUGUCUUCUCAAGAGGUGAAACAGGAGAACCCUCUGCAGUUUAAGUUUCGGGCUAAGCACUACCCUGAGGACGUGUCGGAGGAACUGAUUCAGGACAUCACAAAAAAGCUUUUCUUCCUGCAAGUGAAGGAAAGCAUCUUAAGCGAUGAGAUCUACUGUCCGCCAGAGACAGCGGUGCUGCUGGCCUCGUAUGCUGUCCAGUCCAAGUUUGGAGACUUCACACCUGAAACCCACAAAACAGGAUACCUGUCAUCUGAGCGGCUCCUGCCACAGAGAGUACUUGACCAGCACAAACUCUCGAAAGAGCAAUGGGAGGAGAGGAUUCAGAUUUGGCACGAGGAACACCGAGGGAUCCUCAAGGAAGACAGCAUGCUGGAGUAUCUGAAGAUCUCACAGGACCUAGAGAUGUACGGGGUCAACUAUUUCGACAUCAAGAACAAGAAGGGAACAGACCUGUGGUUAGGAGUGGACGCUUUGGGGCUGAAUAUCUAUGAAAAAGAUGACAGGUUGACUCCAAAGAUUGGAUUUCCUUGGAGUGAAAUAAGGAACAUCUCAUUUAAUGACAAGAAGUUCAUAAUCAAACCCAUUGACAAAAAGGCUCCCGACUUUGUGUUCUAUGCAUCUCGCCUGCGCAUUAACAAGCGUAUCCUGCAGCUGUGCAUGGGAAACCAUGAACUUUACAUGAAGCGUAGGAAACCUGACACUAUUGAAGUGCAGCAGAUGAAGGCCCAGGCCAGAGAGGAGAAACACCAGAGGCAGAUGGAGAGAGCCCAGUUAGAGAAUGAGAAGAAGAAAAGGGAGGCAAUAGAGAGAGAAAAAGAGAUGGUGGAGAAAGAGAAGCAAGAGAUGAUGAUGAAGCUUUACCAGUUUGAAGAGCAGACCAAAAAGGUUGAGAGAGACCUGCGAGAGCAGUUUGAGAGGGCACGGGUGUUGGAGGAGGAGAGGAGGAAGGUGGAGGAAGAAGCGGCCCGUCUGGAGGCUGAGAGACAGGCAGCUCUGAUGGCUAAAGAGGAGCUCGCCAGGCAGGCUGAGGACCAGAUGAAAACUCAGGAGCAGCUGGCAGCAGAUCUGGCUGAAUACACAGCAAAGCUUGCCUUGCUGGAGGAAGCCAGGAGAAUUAAAGAAGAGGAGGCCAACGAAUGGCAGAACAGGGCUAAAGAGGUGCAGGAUGAUCUGGAAAAGACCCGUGAAGAGCUGCACAAUGUGAUGGCGUCUCCUGUGGCCGCUGCGCCCAUGGCUGCGUCCAUGGCUGCACCCAUGGCGGCCCGGGCCAUGAUGGAGGAACCACUGGAGAACGACCAUGAGGAUCACGAGGAGAACAACAGCACCUACAGCGCAGAGCUGCCUGUAGAGGGAAUCGAGGACCACCGCAACGAAGAGGAGCGGAUCACUGAGGCCGAGAAGAACGAGCGUGUGCAGAAACAGCUCAUGGCUCUGAGCUCUGAGCUGGCCGAGGCCCGAGACAACACCAAAAAGACCCAGAACGACAUCCUGCACAGUGAAAACGUACAGGCCGGGAGGGACAAGUACAAGACGCUACGCCAGAUCCGCAUGGGCAACACCAAGCAGAGAAUAGAUGAGUUUGAAGCCUUGUAAUGCCUGAUAAAUUCCCCAAUAAACCUCAAGCACCGGCAGCAACUUGCUGUCCAAGGGGGGAGUUUAUCUAAUUGCCACACAUGGUCUUGCUUUGUAUUUGCCACUGAAAUGACUGGAUUAUUUACACAGUCUAUAAACACGACACCUUUUUUUAACAUAUAUGGGAAGCGUACUUUGCUGAAAUGAUGUGCUUGUUGUUAAAGAACACACUUGACAUCCUAUUUAUGCUAAUUGUGCCAAAGAUUUUGGCUUGAGAAAUCUUGUCAUCUUUUAUGGGAGUUUUUAAAAUGUGUCUAACUUUUUAAAGGGACAGUUCAGCCAAAACUGAAUAUUCUGUCAUCAUUAAGUCACCCAUUACAAAUUUAUUUAAUUAUUUUUAUUUUUUUGGAGUUGAUUACAAAAGAAGUUAAAUUAAUUCUUCUUCGUUUCCGUUCAACAAAAGAUGUUUUUUGUUGUAGAAUACAAAAGAAGUUAUUUUGAAAAAAUGUUGAAAACGUGUAACCAUUGACUUCCAUUGUAUUAGUUUUUUUAAAAUAUGGAAGUUAAUGGUUACCGGUUUCCAACAUUCUUCGAAAUAUCUUCAUUUGCAUUCAACAAAAGAUGUUUUUUUGCAAUAGAAUACAAAAGAAGUUCAUUUGAAAAACGCUGAAAACCUGUAACCAUUGUCUUCCAUUGUAUUCGUUUUUUCCAACUAUGUAAGUCAAUGUGGCGGUUCAAUCCACUGUGGUGACCUCUGAAAUAGAGACUAAGCCAAAGGAAAAUGAAUGAAUGAAUGUUUGAAAGAAAGUCAGUGGUUACCAGUUUCCAACAUUUUUCAAAAUAUCUUCUUUUGCUUUCCACAAAAAAAGUUUUUUGUCAUAGUAUACAAAAGAAGUUAUUUCGAAAAAUUAUGAAAAACUGUAACCAUUGACUUCCAUAGUAUUCGUUUUUUUCCUACUAUGGAAGUCAGGGGUUACUGGUUUCCAACAUUUGUUGAAAUAUCUUAUUUUCCAUUCAACAAAAGACGUUUUUGCUAUAUGGUAUAAAAGAAGUUAUUUUAAGAAGUGCUGAAAACCCGUAAUCAUUGACGUCCAUAAUAUUUGUUUUGUCCUAUUAUGGAUGUCAAUGGUUACUGGUUUCCAACAUUCUUCAAAAUAUCUUCUUUUGCCUUUAACAAAAGAGUACAAAAGAAGUUAUUUUGAAAACUAUGUAAGUCAAUGUGUUGGUUCAUUCCGCUGUGGUGACCUCUGAAAUAGAGUGAGUGAAUGAAUGAAUGAAUAAAUAAAUGUAAGUCAAUGGUUACCGGUUUCCAACAUUCUCAAAAUAUCUUCUUUUGCUUUCACCAAAAGAUAUUUUAAAUAUUUUGUUGUUGAAUACAAAAGAAGUUGUUUUGAAAAAUGCUGAAAACCAGCAAUCAUUGACUUCUAUAUUAUUUUGAUUUUUCCUACUAUGGAAGUCAAUGGUUACCCAUUUCCAACAUUCUUUAAAAUAUUUUGCAUUCAACAAAAGGAAAGACAUUUUAAAAGGUUUGGAACCACUUGAGGGUGAGUAAAUAGUGAGUACAUUUUCAUUUUUGUGUGAACUAUCCCUUUAAGAUCUUUGCAUUCUUCAGAAUGUGACGCAGCUUUGUUUUGUGUCAUAUGGCACAUCGCUUUCUCAUAAAAUUGAGCAUUAAAUGUUUUAAAAAGCUGAAAGGGACAAAUCCAGAAAAAAGGGGGCAAAUAUAACAUUGCAGAUAAUUGUCUAAAACAUCAGUGUGAUCAAAUAGUGGCCAUAACAAACAAGUAAGUGGAUCUUAACCGAGUUUGAUUCAAGAAAUGCUGCAUAGUAAAUUAGAUUUGUAUAUUUUCUAUGUAAUAUUUUGAAAUAAAUCUAUGAGAUUGAUUUAAAUGACAA